UUUAUAUUCAACUCAUGCGCGGUUACAGAAUCCCCCACUCAACCUCCGUUGUCUCCAAGCUGCUUGGAACUCACGUUAAGAGAAUAUUUUACGACCACCAUUCAAAUUGUGGUCAAAUCCUAACUUGAGCGUUAGUGAUGACAGGCAUGGUUACCACGGUGUUGGGUCAGGUGCCGGCCUCGGCCUUGGGUACCACCCUCACCCAUGAACAUUUGUCCAUGAGCUUUGACGUGUGCUUUGUUCCGCCCCCGUCUCGCCAAUCCACGCGAGCGCAACUCCCGUGGACACUGGAGCACGCCCACUGGAUCCGCCAGCACCCGUAUAGUCAUGCCGAUAACAUAGUGCUCAAUGAUGAGGCGGCCGAAUCGGCGGUAAGACAGAGUGUGGCGGCAUUCAAAGCAGCCGGAGGCGGAUGUCUGGUCGAGAAUUCUACCUUCGGACUCCAUCGCCACACCGCCUUCCUGGCCGACUUGGCUCGCGAUACGGGCGUGCACGUGGUGGCUGGUACGGGCUAUUAUGUGGCUGGAGCUCAAACGGAGUCAUCGCUGAAUUUGAGCGUGGAACAAUGUGAGGACCACAUGAGGGCUGAGUUGACUCACGGUUGCGUGGACAAUCCGAAUGUCAGGGCCGGAAUCAUGGGCGAGAUCGGUUGCUCGUUCCCUUUGCAUGCAUUUGAACGCAAAGUGGUUCAGGCGUGUGCCCAGGUGCAACAAGAGACGGGUUUUGCGGUCACUUUUCAUCCAGGUCGAGAUGCUCAAUCGCCAUCUGAAAUCAUGGACGUUUUCUUGGAAGCCGGCGGUACUCGAGAACGAGCCAUUAUGGGCCAUUUAGAAAGAACCAUAAAAGAUCCGGCGGAACUAUUGGAUUUGGCCCAAAGCGGUGUCUAUUGCCAAUUCGACUUGUUUGGCAUUGAAAAUUCGUACUACCAGUUAGCUGGGGCAAUUGAUUUUCCCAGUGAUGCCCAACGCAUGGACAUGAUCAAGUUACUCGUGGAACAUGGCUUCGAAGACCAAAUAUUGGUGGCUCAUGAUAUUCACACCAAGCAUCGACUGGAACAAUAUGGUGGGCACGGAUUCGCACAUUUAUUGGACCAUGCCAUUCCGAAAAUGAAGGCUCACAAAGGCUUCACCGCCGAGACCAUUCACAAGAUCCUGGUGGACAAUCCGGCACGAAUUCUGGCCCAAGUGCCUCACUGAUUUUUCAUGGACAAAACUGAAAUAAUCCACCACUCCACUCUGUGAUGGUUGGGCUAUUAACUUGCUCCUCCAGAUUGACGAUACGCCACCAGAUCUUGGUCCAAGGCAUGUUUAGUGCGAGACAUAUAUUGGUCCAAUUGAG